AUGAGUAUGAGCGACGAAGACCGGGAGAUUGACAUUGAAAGUGAUGCUGAUGAUGAAGAAAGUCCUCAAAAUUUUAAUUCUGAUGACAAGAGAGCACACCACAAUGCUCUGGAGAGGAAGCGGAGGGACCACAUCAAAGACAGCUUUCACAGUUUGAGGGACUGUGUGCCACAAGAUGAUAACAAGACAAAUUCAUCAACUAAGGCAUCAAGGGCACAGAUCCUGCGUCAGGCUGCUGAGUACAUCAUUCGCAUGAGGGAUAAAACCAUACAGAAUGAUCGACAUAUAAGCAAGCUGAAACAGCAGAAUGAGGAGCUACAAGCACAGAUUAAAGCCCUUCAGAAAUCCCAAAAUGGAGGCAAAACUUUGCUGAGUUCCAAUUUUCUCAACGAUAAUCCAGGUGAGGAUGACGACGACGACUAUGACAGCUGUGAGGAUGAAAUAGUUGUUGAGUCGCCUCUAAGCAAACGUAAGAAGAUGAAAGUGUCCCAUAGCUGA